AUGGGCAAUGUGGGCCAGCAGAUGAUUGUGUUUUCCAUGGUCAUGAUCUUCCUCCUAACUCCAUCUUUUGCCCUAAUGAAUACCACUGACAGUCGUGUGUUGGAUGGGUCUAUCGGGACCCAAAUUAUCCACGUCAAUGCCUUCCGAGGUAUGGUCAGCAUCCGAGACAACAAUGUUUUGAGUGAAUGGGAUGGAAUCGUGGACUACAAGAAUGCCCUCCUGGCAAUUAAGCUGUUUAGUAAGAUGGCCUGUGUCCUGGCCAAGAUGGACCAAGCUGCUUUCCCAACACUGGAAGAUAUUAUCAGAGCUCUGGACCAGCAGGUUUUAAAGCAAUACUCAUCCACCCAUGGCCUGACCUACACUGUUUUACCCAGCCGGGUCAAGAACUUAGCCCAGUAUGGAAUGCCCAUCAAAGACAUGUGCAGAGCAGUCCCCACGUACUUUGUCCAGCAACAAAAAGAAGGUAUGGCGCUGGCAAUUGACCCUGAUUCCUGUUUCAAAAUCCAACUUCUGUCCUUUAUGGGUCUCGCCAUCUGUGGUGAGAUCCCUGGGCUCUAA